ACCAAAAUUCGGAAAUGCUAACAAUAUUUACAAUAAUAAAAAAAUAAAAAAUUAUUUUUUAUUAUUUUUCUUCCAGAAAGAAGGAAUCAUUAGAAAUAAUAUUGUUACGAGAAGCAAGUGAUCAUAACUCAUAAAAGCUUUAGAGUGACUGCAAAUUUAUGUGCACCUCUUUUCUUUCUCCCUCAGCUUCUUCUUAAUGGCAUGUCCAUUGUCUUUGCUUCUUUUUUGUCCUCUCUUUUUCCUGGGUUUUCUCGUCUUUAUGUGGUUCUAGUGUCUUGUUCUGUUUUUUGCUUCCCUUCUAUAUCAGUUUUCUCUUUCAUGGGUUGCUUUCUUUUCAACCAAAAAAAACACCAUUGUUACAUAAUAUAUAAAACAGAGUGCUCUGUUAUUUCCAAUGGUUUCAUUUCAUUGAUGCUGCAAAAAAUUGGAUUUUGGUUAUAGUUUUCCUCUUUAGAUAUGGAGAAGAAAGUGGAUACAUGUUCACCAACAGGGGUUCUUGAGGAUUUCUUCAGGACUGAAGAAUUCGAAACCAGUUGUUCUUCUAAACCGUCCACCGCAGACUCGGCCAAUAAGGGAAGCUCGAAACAAAGCUCUCGAUGGCGUGAAUUCGCACAAUUAUUUGGUUAUAAAUUGAAGAAACCAUUACCCAAUUUCCGUCCCCUUGGAUCUUUUAAGCUCUCAUUGAGGAGGAGCAGUAGUAUGAGAGACAACGUCACCGUUUCCCCGGAUUUUCUUGCCAACAGCACCAAUUCAUAUAAUCUCAAGUCUCCAGGGAAGGUUUUCACUCUUUCGGAGCUUCAAAUUGCCACCAAAAACUUCAGCAGUGAAAAUCUUAUUGGAAAGGGGGGUUAUGCUGAAGUUUACAAAGGGAGUUUACAAAACGGGCAGUUGGUUGCCAUUAAACGUCUAACAAAGGGCACACCCGAUGAUAUAAUAGGGGAUUUCUUGGCAGAGCUUGGGGUUAUGGCUCAUGUGAACCAUCCCAACACAGCUAAGUUAAUCGGCUAUGGAAUUGAAGGUGGAAUGCAUCUUGUCCUCGACUUGUCUCCAAAUGGGAGCUUAGCUUCUCUUCUUUAUGGUUCAAAGGAGAAACUGAAAUGGGACAUCAGGUUUAAAAUAGCUCAAGGCGCAGCUGAAGGCUUAAGAUAUCUUCAUGAGGGUUGUAAGAGAAAAAUCAUCCACAGAGAUAUCAAGGCUGCAAAUAUUUUGCUCACCAAGGACUUUGAACCUCAGAUUUGUGACUUUGGGCUUGCAAAAUGGCUACCAGAGAAUUGGACUCACCAUACAGUUUCCAAAUUCGAAGGCACAUUUGGCUAUCUGGCUCCUGAGUACUUAAUGCAUGGCAUAGUGGAUGAAAAAACUGAUGUUUUUGCCUUUGGUGUACUGUUGCUUGAACUAGUCUCUGGACGCCGAGCUUUGGAUUACUCUCAGCAAAGCCUUGUGUUGUGGGCAAAACCGUUGCUGAAAAAGAAUGAUAUUAGAGAGCUAAUCGAUCCUGCCAUCGGGGAAGAAUACAAUUUGCGACAAAUGAACCUUGUCCUCUUGGCUGCUUCUUUAUGCAUUCAUCGCUCUUCGAUUCGACGCCCUCGAAUGAAUCAGGUUGUACAGCUUCUUAAUGGCAACCUCAAUAGCUUAAAGAGCAUGAGAAAAUGUCGGAUCCCGUUCUUCAGAAAAGCAUUCCCUGAAGAGGCAUUGAAUACAGAAGAAAUAAGCUCAGCCAAGACUUGAGAUUAAUUUCGAUCUAAAAGCUUAAUACCCUUUUGGAAGAUCAAGGUUUGUGGUCCAACCAAAUGGCCCUAGAAACAAGUUAUUACAUCAGAAAACAGAGCAAGUUCAAUAAAUGACAAAUGCUUCAGAGAAGACAUGAAAUAACCAAAAACGAAAACCAAAAACAGUCCGAAGGGACAAAAGUAAAGACUGUCGGUGUCUUUGAAGACAUGUACAUAAAGAAAAGAAUCUCAGGGAACAAAAGAUAAGAAUAUCCAAUGAUUUAGUCAAUUUUGUAGCAGACAGAAAUGUAAGAACUGUUGUUUUCUUUUCCUCUUUUGAAGUAAGUUUAUGACAAAUGUCCUUUAGGAUACCUCUACACAACAUCAAAUGAAUCAUUUAGUUUAUCAUGUGAGAUUGGCCAUAUAAAUCUAUGUUUUGUUGAGAUAAA